AUAUACCUCCCUCCUUCAUAUCCAUAAAUUGCACCGCCCGACCCCCUUGCACGCCCCUCGCGUGCCUUGCUCUUUGCCCUCUUCGUCAUCCCUUCUUCAUUUGAAACAAUCUUCCGCCACCGAAACCUGCCCCCAUAUCAUUUUCAGAAUAUGGCAUCCUAUGGCACAAUCCCGGCCUCUGCCGGCGCAGGCGAGUCCCCUAAACUCGAGUACAUCUCCCGCCCAAAGGAGCGGUUCAAAUCAGGCCUUGCGAACCGCCGUCUUUGGAGGGAGAUGUUCAACAUUCAGUCGAUGAGGCUGCCUUCAAGCUUCUCCCACUCACUCUCCCGGGCCAGAACCAAUAUCGUCUACUUCCGGGCAAACUACGCAAUCAUAGUGCUGUUAGUCCUCUUCCUCGGCCUGCUCUGGCACCCAAUCUCGCUCAUCGUGUUCAUCAUCAUCAUGGCUGCAUGGAUCUUCCUCUACUUCCUGAGGGACGAACCGCUUGAGGUGUUCAGCAGGACAGUCGACGACCGCCUGGUGCUGAUUGUGAUGGCGGUGCUGACGGUCGUGUUCCUUCUGCUGACCCACGCGACCAUCAACAUUCUAGUGGCGUUGCUGAUCGGGGCGGCGGUUGUAGUGGCCCAUGCCACCCUGAGGAAGACGGACGACCUGCUCGUGGACAACGAGACCGGUGGGACGCGAGGGUUUAUGACGGGUGUUGCUGGAAGUGGAUCGCCGCCCUCCACUUGACUUGAUUGCUUCCCUGCCCCUUUUCUGUGAACGCUUUCUCGGUCAUUUGCUUCUCUUUUCCUUUUCUGGCCAAAUCAGUAAUUAAUCUCCGUUACUAUUGUCAAUUUUGCUCUAAUGAACCCCUUUUAUCUUUUUCUUUUAA